GUAGAACUGCAUGAAUAUUUUCCUCUAUGAGAGGUAGAAAUCCAGAGACCUGUUGAGAAAGGCAGAGAAGAGCAGAACACUGAUCUAUCUUUGAUUCUACAAGCUGCAGGACAUUUUUUUUUUAAAGUCUGGAGCUAGAGUGGAGCAAAGAGGAGAUACCCUGCCCUGCAGCUCUUUAACAGCUUGUCAUCCAGUUUCCUGCCAUGGAUUGAACUCUUCAGGAAUUAUUCUGAGGGCCCAACAAGGACACACAGAGCAGAGACGGGAGGCAGAUGAAGGAGGGGGAAAAAAAGCAGUAAACCUUGGCCGUGGUGAGGAAAAACCAGUUGAGUCUGAGAGCGGAGGCGAAAAGGCAACGACGAAAGGUGGAGCAGAGGAGGACUGGGAGAGACGUGUUCCUACCAGCAGAGCGAGAGGGGAAAAGAAGAAGAAGAAGAGAGGAGUGAUAAAAGUAGGGAAAGGGGGGAGAAGAGUCGUCUGGAUAUGGGGCUUUGUGCUGUUCUCCUCAUCUGUCUCUCCCAGGCUGAGCUGGGGAAAGUCUGGGCUCAAGAGCAUAAAGAUGCACAAAGUGGGGCAGCUCUGCGGACGGAUGGGGAACUGUCCAGUUUACACCGAACCAGGAGAGACCAGCAGACCCAACACAGACACAGAGAAGCCCGGAACCCACAGACUGAAAGGGGAGGAAACGGAGGAGUGGACAUCGGCAUCCUGCCUGAAAACAUUACCCGUAUUAUAGAGGACUCCCAGAAGUACUACCGGUGGCAGAGCUUCGGGCCGACAGACCGACAGAUCGACAGCCUGUGGAUAGAUCUGAACAGCCUGCACAAAAGUCAAGUCAGAAUCCACGGCAUCCUGUCCAACACACACCGGCAGGCGGCGAGGGUGGCGCUGUCCUUUGACUUCCCUUUUUAUGGGCACAACCUGAGACAGAUCAUCGUGGCGACGGGAGGGUUCAUUUUCAUGGGGGAGGUCACUCACCGAAUGCUGACCGCCACGCAGUACAUCGCCCCCCUCAUGGCCAACUUUGAUCCCAGCUUCUCCACGAACUCUACUGUGAGGUAUUCGGACAACGGUAACCUGUUUGUGGUGCAGUGGGACAAGGUGCGGCUAAAGGAUCGAGAGGGCGAGGGGGCGUUCACCUUCCAGGCCGCCCUCCACAGCAACGGCAGCAUCGUCUUCAACUACAGAGACGUCCCGGUUCCGGUGGAGAAAAUCAACUCCACUGAGCAUCCAGUGAAAGUGGGGCUGUCUGAUGCCUUCAUGGCCUUCCUGCCCGCUUCACAGCUCUCAGACUCGAGACAGCGGACCAUCUACGAGUACCAUCGCGUUGAGAUCGAUACCACAAAGAUCGUGAGUGGGUCUGCCUUUGAGUUUACGCCUCUGCCCACUUGUCUCCAGCACACCUCCUGUGACGUCUGCCUGACCUCCAACUUGACCACCAACUGCGGCUGGUGCAACACCAUCCAGCGUUGCUCCGACGGCAUCGAUCGGCACAGGCAGGAGUGGCUGGACUACAACUGCCCCGAGGAGGCGAAAGGCACGUGUGAGGACUACAGCCCGGUGCUGCCCGAGGUUUCUAUGAGCUCCUUCAACCACUCAGCACCGGGACCAACUCCUUUAGCAGAGACGGACGACCAACCCGUCACCAGGGACGCGCAGGUGGAUCUUCCGAACCAUAAGGGGAUCACGGAGAACACGGCCAUCAUAGCCGGCGUGGUGGCGGCGCUGGUUCUGCUGGUAGCUUUGACCUUACUGGCCGUUUACUACAUCAACACACACCCCACGGUCGCUCCACCAUUCUACCUCAUGCAGGUCGAGAAAAUAAGAAAAACCCACAUCAAGCUGUUACGCACAAACAACUACUGGCCCUCCAUGAAGUUCCGCAACCAGGGCUGCCACUCCAGCUACGCUGAGGUGGAGCUCGGGGGUCACGAGAAGGAAGGCUUCAUCGAAGCCGAGCAGUGCUGCUGAGGGUCUCAGGCCGAGAAGAAGAAAGCGCACCACCUUGAGGAAUGCAAUGGUCCCAGAAGAAGACACACACGGAUGUGAACGCCGCCCACUGACACAAGACGUCCUUUUUCCAACCUCAGUGGCCGGACAGUUUUUUACUGUAACCGCUCCUGUAGCUCUUCCCAGCUUUUUCUCUGUGUCCUUUGCUGUUUGCCAUCACACAGGGGGCUUUACCAGAUCACCCAAAGCUCGGAGGGUCUAAGAGGAGCUGGACUGAACAGAAAUGAGAUGUGAAUGAGCAACGAGUGUCCCAAACCUAUCAAUGCAAGGGGCUGUCAGGGAACGAAAUCGAACAAGCCUUCAUACUGCAAACAACUUUCUGUUUUCAUUCAUUUCACGGAGUUAUUUUUGUUUCAUGAAACCUCUGCUAAAACGUCGAUGGGUUCAUAAAAUGUUAUGUGAACUUCUCUACAACAGAUAUCUAGCUAUAUAACUGAUAGUGAAUAUAAUGAUCAUGUUGGACUUCUCUGGAGAAUUAUCGUAUGGAUGAAUUUUAGAGCAAUCAAGUUAUGAAAGUUUCUGAAUCUUUCUGUUUAAAUGUCUUCUAAUAAAAACUGGUGGUCA